GCCGGUGCAGUCGGUGCGGAGGGACAAUACCCCGGGGGCGGCGAGGAGCCCGGUUGCCUGGUGAAAGGGAGAAGGGGGAGGGGCGAGGAGGUCGCGGCCGGGCCGGGCCCAGCCCAGCAACCGCCGCCGCCGCAGGAGUUCUUCUGCAACACGCGAAGAAGGUAAGGCUACGUGUUUACAUCAGAAGGUUCUCAUCACUAACCUCUGAAAGGAUACAGAGUAAAAAUCAGCAAAAACAGAAGAGCAAUGCUUCCCAGAGGCAAGUGGAUAAAUCUUUCGCUAAUUGCUGCUGGAUGACUUCUCCAUGAAGUAGAAAUAAACUUAAAAGCACAGUGAGAGGAAAAAGUACAAGAAGUUUAAAGUAACACUACUUUGCCAUGCCAUUACCUUUUGGGAUAAAAUUAAAAAGAACACGGCGAUAUACUGUCUCCAGUAAGAGUUGUUUGGUUGUACGGAUCCAACUGCUGGAUAAUGGAUUUUUGGAAUUUACCCUUUCUGUUGAAAGUACAGGUCAAGAAUGCUUGGAAGCUGUUGCACAGAGAUUAGAGCUAAGGGAGAUUAAUUACUUCAGUCUUUGGUAUUGCAAUAAGCAGAAUCAAUCCCGAUGGAUAGAUCUCGAAAAGCCUAUCAAAAAGCAGCUAGAUAAAUAUGCCAUUGAACCUACAGUUUACUUUGGUGUUGUAUUCUACGUGCCAACUAUUAUUCAGCUCCAACAGGAGAUUACAAGAUACCAGUAUUAUCUUCAAUUGAAGAAAGAUAUUUUAGAAGGUCGCAUACCUUGCACAUUAGAACAAGGAAUUCAGCUUGCUGGUUUAGCUGUACAAGCUGAUUUUGGAGACUAUGACCAGUAUGAAUCCCAAGAUUUCCUGUACAAGUGUGAUCUUUUUCCAGUUAAUUGGAUUCAAGAUGAGCGAAUGCUACAAGAUGCAACACAGAAAGUUGCUUCACUAUAUCAGAAAUUCAGGGGUCUUACUCCCUCUGAGGCAGAAUUGCUUUAUCUUCAGGAGGUAGUGAAAAUGGAAGGCUAUGGCCAUGAAAACUAUACAGCCAAGGACAGCCAAGGAAAUGAUCUAUUAAUAGGCACAUGUUUGGAAGGCAUCUUCAUGAAGCACAAAAAUGGCAGACUUCCCUCUGUUUUCAAAUGGAAUGACAUAUCCAAUAUGUCUCACAACAAGUCCUCCUUUGCAUUAGAAUUGGUAAACAAAGAAGAGACCAUCCAGUUCCAAACUGAAGAUAUGGAGACAUCUAAAUAUGUUUGGCGAAUGUGUGCUGCACGACGCAAGUUUUACAGUCUGAAUAAAAACUGUAACUUACAAGCUCAGGCUGCUUCAGUGAGUCCAGUCCGAAGGAGCACAUUGUCAAGAAUGUCUUUGCCAAAACCUCAUCAAUUUAUGAUGCCUCCACCCCAAUUACAUUAUAAUGGACACUACAGUGAGCCCUAUAAGUCUUCGCAAGACAAUCUCUACAUGAACAAUCAAAAUAGCUGUUUUUAUCGAUCUCAAACCAGUUUGGACAGACCUCCAUAUGAAUACAAUGGUCGAAUCCGAAAUGGCAGUAUCUAUAGUGCACAUAGCACAAGCUCUUUAAAUAAUCCACAGCACUUAAUGCAAGCAUCUCCUAUGUCUUCAAAUCCGAGCAUCACAGGAAGUGAUAUAAUGAGAGGAGAUUACAUCCCAACAAACAGACAUAGCGCUAUUAUUCCACCUUCCUACAGACCAACCCCAGAUUAUGAAACUGUUAUGAGGCAGCUCAAUCGUGGCAUGAUUCAGAAUGAAAGACAAAGUCAUUCUAUGAGAAAUCUCAGCGUAGGCAAUUCCUAUGCUUACAGCAGAUCUGAUCCACUUGGUUACAGCCAGCCAGAAAUCCGAGAACACACUCAAUUCAAUUCCCAAAAUGUGAAUCCGUAUCCCUUGCAUUUGAACUACAGCUUUCAUUGUCAAUCACCAUAUAUAAAUUCAGUUGAGCGACGUCCUGUUGUUGGGGCUGUUAGUGUGCCAGAAUUGACUAAUGCUCAGUUACACACUCAGGAUUACAGUGCAGCAAAUAUGCUAAGAACUCAAGUGUACAGGCCUCCACCCCCAUACCCUUAUCCAAGGCCUGCAAAUAGUACACCUGACCUUUCAAGACAUCUGUAUGUAAGCAGCAGCAAUCCAGAUCUGAUAACUAGGCGUGUGCAUCACUCUGUACAGACAUUUCAGGAAGAUAGUUUGCCUGUUGCACAUUCACUGCAAGAAGUCAGUGAACCUCUAACCUCUGCAAGAUUACAUGGUAACAUCCAUAAACGUAAUAGUAUUGAGAUUGCAGGACUAAUGCACAAUUUUGAGAGUUGGAAGAUAAAAGAGAGGACCAUAUCUACACCAGGUGUUGAGACGAGUUCAACACUGGAAACUGCUGCAGGUUCACAACCUAGCAUUUACUUUGAGCGAACAAAACUAGGAGAUGCUAAAAUUAAUCAAGACAAAAGUUAUAACCAUGGGAGAUUUCUCUCAGAUGCAACUGUGCUGAUUCACAGCAGUGAGGAUGAUGAGUACGAUUCAGGGUACAUUGAGAAGAGAUUACAAAUGCUUCCUGUUGACUCUGCAGCCCAUUUAUCAGCUAUGUUAAACCAGCCCUCGAAAGAGCAAUUGCUAGACUAUCAAGAUGGCUCUACACCUGCAUUGGGCAGCCAGCAGGGUUUAGAAAAGCAAGCACGAGAAAGGGGGACAAUGGAAUCAAUGCACUAUCUUCCAUCGGUGUCUGAGUCUGAUCUCCAUACAGUUGGAAAAAGGCAAGCAAGAAGAGUAUCCUCCAAGAGAAGACCCAUGUCUGAAGUUCUUUAUGGAAGAUUAAACACAAUGGAAGCUCUCCCACCACUUGGAGUUAUUAGAAAAGAAGAUUGUGUAUCUGAUAUUAGGACAAUUGGACCAUUAAAAAUGGCGGAAUUAAAUGGUUUGACACCAUUUCAAAAGCCUUUACCUGAUGCUGUUAAAAAUGAGCCCAUCCAAACAGCAUAUGAUGAAAGGUGCAAGAUUUUGGAGCAGCGACUGGAACAAAAAAUGGUGUUUACAGAAUAUGAAAGAGUUCCAAAGAAAAGUCUGAGUACAGAGUGCACCAUAGCACUGCUGCCUGAAAAUACAGAAAGAAAUAGAUUCCCAGAUGUUAUUCCCUAUGAUGAUACUAGGGUGGAGCUGGUGCCUACAAAAGAGAACAACACUGGUUACAUUAAUGCAUCUCAUGUAAAGGUUAUAGUUGGAGGCAAGGAAUGGAAUUACAUUGCCACACAAGGACCACUCCAAACAACUUGUCUUGAUUUUUGGCAAAUGGUGUGGGAGCAAGGAGUUGCCAUCAUUGCCAUGGUUACCAUGGAAGAGGAGGGAGGAAGAGAAAAGAGUUUUCGGUAUUGGCCUCGAUUAGGCUCCAGGAAUAACUCUGUUACAUAUGGAAGAUUCAAAAUAACCACACGCUUUCGAACAGACUCGGGCUGUUAUGCGACCACAGGAUUAAAAAUUAAACAUCUAUUGAAUGGUCAAGAACGGACAGUAUGGCAUUUACAGUAUACAGACUGGCCAGAAAAUGGCUGCCCAGAGGAUAUCAAGGGAUUCCGAUCUUAUUUGGAUGAAAUUGAGUCAGUGCGUCGUCAUACUAAUAGUACAACAGACAUUAAAAGUCCUGAUGCACCUGUACUUAUACACUGCAGUGCUGGUGUUGGAAGGACGGGUGUUGUAAUUUUAUCAGAAAUUAUGAUCGGCUGCCUGGAACACAAUGCGAUUCUAGAUAUUACUACGGUGCUGAACCUGCUGAGACAGCAAAGGAUGUUAAUGGUGCAAACAAUUGCUCAGUAUAUCUUUGUCUACAAAGUGCUCAUUCAUUUCCUGAGAAGCUCUAGGCUGAUUUAACCACUUCACUGCAUGCUGUGAUAUUCGCAAGUGAAACAGAUCUGAUUUAAAUAUAGGAUAAUUCUCCUGUCCCUGAGGGGAGGAGGACAAAGAAUAAACUUGCAUCGAAGGACUGGAGAAGAGGGCAUACAAAAUACACAAGAAAAUCACCAAAUCUAUUGAAAAAGCACAUGUAUUCCUGUAUUCUGAUACCUCUUAAAUAAUAUUGGAAUAAGUACUAUGCUUAUUUUUAUAGUAUAUGAGUGAAAUUUAUUACAGUUUGUCUAUUUCAGUUUUGUUGCAACUUAUUGGUGUACAGGUUGAAAAGUAAGUGACACACUUUUAAUCAUCACUUUUUGCUCUUGUGAUGAACAUUGUUAGCAAGUAAGUCCAUUGUAAGAUAACUGUUGUGAUUAUGUACCACAUUAAAGAGUGUGAAAGUAUUUUGGUUUGGCAGAAAUGUGGCGAGAGUGGCAGUGAUUGUUUUGUUUCAUUAGCAGGAAAAAGGGUGCAAACAGAAUGAUGUGAUUUUUAGGAUAAGAUUGAACUGGUGCAAAUGAAGAUUUUUAGAAUUAAUACUUCUAGAUGUGAAAUUUAUGUAAGAUGGUUAUUUUUAUCAAGUUUAUAUUGUAUCAUAUUACAGAAGUAAUCAAGGUGUAAGUUUAAUUUUCUACUGAAUGAUAUGGAUUAAACUAAUCCUGUUUAUGUUCAGUUAAAAAUAACUACCCAUUCAGUAAAACGUCUGGUUUGUGUUGUUUGAUGGUCUGGAAGAAUUGCUGAAAACCUAAUAAGUGAUAUGACUGCUGAUGAAAAGCAAAGUAAGCUAUUCUUGUUAAAAUUUCUAUUCUUAUUGUGAUUGAACUAAUCUUGUUAUUGAAUUACUUUUAAUUUGUAAUACUAGGUUUAAAGUUAAAUAAUUUAGCAUUGAUAACUAUUUGAUAUAACGUAGUAGUGUUAGUCUGCACACAACUGGCUUUUGUGUGACUCUUUUAUUGUAAUAUAAUUCUGAAGUAAGCACUUCAAACAGAAACCACGAAUUGGAAGACUGCUGCUAAAUGACUUGAGUUUACAAUGUAUGUAAGAGUGAAGGAUUUCUGCAUAGUGACCAUAUUCUUCUUGAAAUUUGUGUUUUUAAAAAAAAAGCAUUUUUAUACAUUUUCCCUAAAUCUGAUCAACUUGUAUUCACCUCAAUUCAGUGAUUCAUUAUGAGAAGUUUAAGAUGGUCAGAAAUUUACCUCCUUUACAAGACGUAUUCAAUCAUGGGUGUAUGAAGGACAAUCUGUAAAAUGGUUUUUGUAUAGAGAUAUAUAAAUUAAAUAGAUCACGUAUCCUAAAAUGAAUUGAACAGGGUUGUACUUCAUAAAGUUAUGUGCAUGCUUUUGUGUUUUCCUAUGUAAAAGUCAACAUUUAUGCGAUAUUAUUCUUUCACAAUGUUCUAUUUAGAUCAGGUGCUGUAUGACAUGUAUAUUGGUUAUGAUUUUACAAAUGUGGCAUGCACUGUUUUGUAAAAUUAAUGGGUUUAAUUUUCUGAUGUAAUAGAAGUCCUGUAGUGUUCCUUAUGAAAUGGUUGAGCAUAUUUUUGUGACCAACCAUUACAUCUCCAGUGAAGAAACAAGAUGGUGAUGUUUUCCUGGAAAAUAAAAACAUUUUUUUUGCCCACUGCCAAUACAUAAAUAACAUGGUAGUAUAAGUCUCUGCAUAACUAGGCUGAAGCCUUUCUUUAGAAUGUGGCCUUUUAUGGUAAAUGCAAAAAGUAAUUUAGUUUUCACAUUUUUAUUUGCAUUUUUCCUUCUUGACCAAAUAUCUCUGUGCCAGUACUUAGUUUAUUUAAGCAGAACUGUUUUAUUAAAUAUUUGUUUAUUAUAUUUCAGAAACUUCCUCUAAGCUUGAAUAAAUGGUAUACCCCAUGGC